AUGUCUUUUAAUCUUCUUCCAUUCUUUUAUCUCUUUUCUUUCUCUCUCCCUUUUUUCCACUUCUUUCUUUUCUCUCCCUCUUUUACUCUUGAUUCUUCUUUCCUUACUUUGUCUCAUCCUCCUUCUUAUUCCUUCAUAUCUUCCAUAUCUACUCAAAAGAGUCUCUUCUUUCCUAUUUAUUUUCUCUUGUUUCUCCUUCUUAUUUCUCUUCUAUCCUUUGUAUUUUUCUCUUCUUUACUCUUUAUUUAUCUGUUUUCUUUCCUUUUUAUUUUUUUCGCUUAUCUCCUCUUUAUUUCUCCAUUUUCUCUCCUUCUUUUUCCUCUUUCUUUUCCCCUCCUUUUUCCUCUCUUUUCACGUCCUUUUCUUCCUCUCUCUUUUCUCCCUCUUUAUUUCUCUCUCUCCUCUUAUUUCUAUCUAUCCUUUUCUCUGUUUCUCCCUUUUCUCUCUGUUUUUCCUCUUUAUUUCUCUCUUUUUAUUUUUAUUUUUUCUUUCUUCUUUAUUUCUUUCUCUUCUCUCUUUUUUUUUUAUUUCUUCCCUUUUCUUUCUUCUUUAUUUCUCCCUCUUUUUUCCUCUCUAUUUUUCUUUCUUUUUUCCCCUCUAAUUAUUCAGGAUACAUACACUAGCCAACAAACAGCGUACCUGAAUGCUUUCUAA